GGUACACAACUGCCGAUAUACGAAGUCAAAUAUUAAACGCGCAUGCUCCUAAAUCCUAAAUUUAGGAGCUCAUUGCUCCUAAAUCCUUGCGACCGCAGACGCUUAAAAAAUAUUUCCACAGGAUUAUCCGAAGGAAAUGGCCGCAUUGUUAACCAUAGGUACUCCUGAAGCGUCCUUCUAAAUAAUCCACAGCCAGUCCUGUCUAUUGGACAGCGCCUGUGUCCAGAUGCCUCCCAGAUACCUCCCACACAAACCACAGUCCAGUCGCGACUCUGGACCCGUAAAACCUCGACAGGAUGCGUUCCGUCGAGCGGCACGGCCCUGCCGCAGCUGCGCAGCCUUCCGCGGCGACCCGGGCCGAGCGGAUGCGGGUACGAUAGGCGGCGCGGCGCCGGUCACGGCGGCAGAGAGCUGACCCUGCCGGCGGUCCGCAGUCUGCGCAGUCGCAGCGCGCCUGCCGGCCGCGACACACUCAGGAUGACCGUGAACAGGCUGCUGCUGCUGCUGGCCGCCCUGGCCGCUGUCAGCGCCGCAGCGGCUGUCCCAGUCGCCGUGACUGUGCCUGCCGACCUGGAGACAGACGGGUCGCUGGCGCCGGCCGCCGGGUUCGAGCUGGACCCCAGUCUCCUGCAGCAGACCGGCGCCGCUCUGGCCACUCAGCACAGCCAGCUGAUGGCUGACACCGACGUAUUCGGGCUGUACCGGGACGGCCCUCCCUCCGGCUCGGCUCCGUCGGCGGCCGGAGGUCUCGGCCCCGUCAGCUCGGCACCGGCCGCCGGAGGUCUCCAAAAAGGGCUGGCACCGUCACUGCUUCUCAACGGUCGUAUGCUGGCACCGUUUCCCGGGCCGUUUGCAGAUGAUAUGUUGAAACUGCCGCGAGUUCAAGGGAUAUCCGAAGCGCGGAGCGAUAAUAAGGCUAAGACAGCCACAGAAGAGGGUCAGACACCGGAGCAAGAUGCCGGCGGUACGACCAGUCAGACUGUCGGUCUUUCUCAGCAGCCGGAGGAGGCAGAGCCAGUGCCGUCUGCACAGCCGGAGACACUGGCCACAGGACCAGAAUCGCUCUCAGACGUAUCUCCAGGACAGACAGCCGAGACUCAAAACUCGCACACAGAACAUAAAUCCCAGCCAGCUCGACUCCAAGAGGCGGUGUCUGCAGAAGAGACUGUCGUGCCACGUCGUCGUCAGACUCGAGUCGCCGGUCAGCCGCAGCCGCUCCAGUUCCCUGACACCCAUAUCUUCUGUCUUCUGCCGGAGCCGGGUCGACACCGCGGUGCGAGACCGGCUCACGGUAAAGAUGAGCACUCUGACCCGGCGCAGGCGUCACCACCCGCAGUCGAGUCGGGAGAGAAGCACGCUCCGAGCCCAAGAGGACAAAAGGCCGCCACCGCCGGGAGUCCAGUAGUGCCGGCCUCGCGACGGGUCGAACCGGUGCCUUCGGGGGCUGAUAACAACCCGCUGCUGCCCCCUCUGCCCCCGCUAGAUCCGGACCAGCAGAGGCCGCUUUUCUUCCAGCCGCAGCUCGGUCAGAAUUUCGGCCCAUCUCAGCAGACCGAGCCGGAGGACCGCAGCUCAGUGUUCGACCAGUUCUGGAACCAGCUAGGAGCUGACAUCCCUGAUCAGCCUACAUUCGACACCGUACCCGACACUGACCCCGAUUUACAGCUAGACCCCUCGACAUUCGGUCAGAUGCCUAGUCAGGACCAGUCAGCGGACGGCGCGGCGCAGGGACCACAGGAGCGGAUAGCGAGUCCGACUUUCUUCGCGCCGUAUCCCCGUCAGAGUCGCUACCCUCAGCGCUCCACCGGGUACUACAGCACGCCCAGCCGGUCGCCAGUCGCUCCCGGUCGGUGGGGGACGACGGGCGGCUGGCCGGCCGGCUCAGCCUGGUCGCACGGCGGCCGCUCUGGCCGGACGCACCGCACGGCGUACCCAGCACCAUGGAGGGGUCCGGGGCGGGGUCCUACCGGCGCCAGCGGCUGGCCGUGGCCCGCGCUGGCUACAGAGAGCCGCGGCCCGCCGCGUCAGGUGCCCAGCUCGGGAGUGUACCUGGUACAGCAGUCGGGCCAGUGGCCGCGGCCGGCCGGGUACCCGCUGUACUCGCAGUGGUACCGGCCGGCCGUGGUGCCUCUGCCCGGCGGCGGCUCGGGCGGCUCGGGCGGGGGAGGCUGGUGGUCGGCCGGCCGGUUCGUCCGCCCGGCCACGGCUAUGGCCACCAGUGAGGAGUCGGCCGGCGCCGGCUCGCCACCGCUCUCGGCCGACUGGCCCUGGCCGGCCGUCUCCAUGCUCGGUGGCCGGGACGCGCUGGUGGUGACCGGACUGGGUCGCAGCUCCGGAGCCAUGGCGCGCGCCGGCGGACAACACGGCUGGCCGCCGGUGGCCAUGGCGACUGCCGGAGGCUCGCGCACCGGAGGAGGCUACUCGCGGGCCUCUACCGGCGGCUUCGACCUGAUCUUCGAGGACGGCAUGUUCCACACUGGACCGAUGGCGCUGAGCAGGUCUCCAGAGGAGUACGUGCCGCCGCCAAAGAAGCCCAAGAAGCCGAGCUCUGAAUCAGGUGAAACUGCGACUGAGGACGAACUGGAGGACGUUGACAAACCAGCGGAGAGCGGGAGCGAGGCGGAGGACGGCGCCUUUGAAGGCUCCGGGGCAGAGGAGGAGUAACUCUCUGGUAGGAGAAGAGAUGAACAGAACCACCGUCUGAAUACUAGUAGGUCGCGGAGCCAAAAUGAUGCAUCAGUUAUAACUGGUAAGCUGAUAUCGUGUAGACUAGCCCUGCGAAUAUGAGUGAAGCCGGGGUACGAGCCACUGCCAGAGCCGAGUACGAAUAGGUCUGUUUGACGGUAGGUAAGAUUGAUAUUUCAGUAUUUAAUAGCCCGUGCUUAAUUACAGAUUGGAAAGGUAUGAUUCAGCAGGUGUGAGUACACAGUGUUCUUGCUUUGUGGUUUUACUGUAUACGAAUCCUAAUGUUCAUACUUCCUGCAGAGCCUCUAAAGUUAAAAUUUUCGUGCUAAUGACAGUGCAUGCUGGGACCGCUUUGAGAAUGUAUGGUGCGCGCGCAAAGGUUUCUUCUUAAUGUACCUGAGUCAUUUCAAAAGACUAAGGAGCCGACUAUGAUGCAGAAAUUCACUUUUGCAUAAAGCUGUUUUGAUGACCUGCUGUUUGAUAACUACGACAUAUUGUUUGAGAAAAUGGCUAGCAGUCUCAAUCUCCAAAACUGCCACACAAAUUGACCUCGCUCUCACUUCGACGCUGUGUCUACAGACAACAAUAUGUGUCGUGUUAUGGCUUUGAAUAUAGACAGAAAAUUA